CUGACAAUUUCGUCAGUCACCUUAUUCAGUUAUACACUUAUUUGUAUGAUAAAAGGCAUAUAUUCUAGCACAGAUAUUUUCAGGCGAUACUACAAUUAAAUACCUUCCUUUGCCUUGAUGAACGUGAACGGUUUCAGAAUAAGCUUUCGACUAAGACCCAAAGUCGUGCCCAACAACCACUUAACAACUGGCGCUGACUUUAAUAGGUCCUAGUUUAUAAGAUAUAUGUUAAUUAUGUAUCGGCGCUAUUUAGAGAUACUUAAGUCUUACAUCUUCGGUGACACUGAAUCGACAGAUGACAGUAAAGAAACGAAGAAUGAAGUUGAAGAAUCCCAACGUUGCGAGAAUACUGAACUGAAAUCGGAAACAAUUCCGGACGAGGUCCGAGCGAAAUGGGAGAGUGAACAGCAGAGGUUAAAGACCAAUGUGAUUGACUCUGAUGCAGAUGUGGUAAAGGAGAUUCGACAAUCUUCAGGACAACCUGGCAAGGGUGACAUGCGUCAGUUUUAUCUUGGAGGUGUUGACAUUUCAUUUGUAAAGGGAGAUAAUGUGAACGCUUGUGCUGCUUUAGUAGUGGUCAGCUUUCCUAGUCUAGAGGUAGUCUAUGAAGAUUAUGAAAUGAUCAAAUUGACAGCUCCAUAUGUGUCAGGUUUCCUUGCCUUCAGAGAGGUAGAUUUUAUUGUAGCCUUAUAUCGUAAAGUCCAGAAGAAUGAUCCUGAACACACACCAGAUAUUAUACUUGUGGAUGGUAAUGGGAUCCUGCAUCAUCGACAGUUUGGCCUGGCUUGUCACCUAGGAGUUCUAUUGGACAUUCCCUGUAUAGGGGUAGCCAAAAAGUUGUGUCAGGUAGAUGGUCUUGAGAAGGAUGCAGACCAUACAACAAAGAUUAAAGAACUGAAAAAGGGCGGUGAUAUGUUCCAACUGAUUGGUGACUCUGGGAGAUGUCUGGGAAUGACUCUCAGGAGCCACGACACGAGUACCAACCCCAUCUAUGUCUCAACAGGACAUCGGAUCUCCCUUGACUCCGCCACUUGGCUGGUCCACCAGUGCUGUAGAUACCGAGUUCCAGAACCUGUCCGACUGGCAGAUGUCAACUCUAGGGAGUACCUGAGAAACAAUUUCAAACCGGACAAAUUAGCAGAUCCAGCUGAUGAUGUUUGAAAAAUAUGUUUAUCUUUUGAAUAAUUCAUUGAUUUAUCACUGUUUUAAAUGUCAGAAUAGAAAAUCAUGUAUGUUGUAGUAAGAGAAAUCCUUCUGAACAUUAUGUUAAUGACAUUUAAACUUCUAGCAACGGUAUUUUGACACCCAAAAGAAAGUUCACACAAAAAAUUGUUUAUUUUAAUAAUUCCAUAUGUAAAAUAGAAUUUUUCAAAAAUGUCUGAAUUUUUCCAAAUUGAAUGCAGGCUAGCAGGAAUUGAAGUUUUCCUGUUAGUGUGUUGUGUAUCAAUAAUAGUACUUUGGUGCCUUAGCAGAUAUCAUGUGUUUUUGUUACAUAUAUACAGGGUACAUGUGUUGAUACCAUUCAAUUACACAUUGCACCAUUUUUGACUUGUGCAGUGUAUCACAAUUUAGACUACGAAUAUGUCAGCAAUUUUUUACUUUCACUUUGUACCAUGAAAAGGCACAAGAUUUUUACAUUUGAUUAUUGAAGAUAUUUUUUCAUCUUUUAAUGCCUUACUAUGUGGAUGUGAUGCAGAUGAAAGUUUUAGAAUUUUAAUACUACAUAAGAUUAUUACUGUAAUAUUUUGAUAACUUGUUUGAAACAUUCUGCAAUUAUUUGUGACAGUGAAUAUCAAAAUUGAAUGUAGAAAUAUUUCAAAAAGUAAAAACAAUUUAUGACAUACUGUAAAAUCUUAUAUUAUGGUGGGCGUCUUAUUUUUGUGAUUUUUUCAAAAUAAUUUU